GAAUGAAUAACUUAAGAUAGAGAGCGGUGGUGUGGGUGCGAAGAAUCACUUAGCGACUACCUAUAGAAGAAGCGUGAUUAGAAAUUACCGAAACAGAUUGAAAUUCCUCCCCGGAGAGCCAGCCACACACGGUGAGGGGGAAUGCUGCUGAGGAUGGUGUUCACUCCCGUGCGAAAUAUGACCAAGGCGAGAAACUUUGCGUUCCUAGUCAUGGGAGCCCUUCUGGUGUUUGCCGUGCUAUCGCUGCUCAGCAGUGCGUCGUCGGCGGCCUCAGAUGAUAUCAACAAAGAAUACUCAACAGUUCCUGAAAAUGACAGCAUGGCGGUUUGCUUCGAAAGCUUCGAAGACACCCGCCGAUUGCUGUACAGCUCCACUGACACCGAUAACAGCGUGCACCCGGAGCCCAUCAUUUACUUCGUAACGCCAACCUACCCGCGCAGAGAACAGGUGGCGGAAAUUACCCGUCUCGGCCAGACGUUGAUGCACGUUCCCUAUCUGCACUGGAUAGUGGCCGACGAUACGCCCGUGUGCAACAACUUCCUCAACAAUUUGCUUAAAAAGUUUGGCAUUCCCUACACUCACAUUGCCAGCCCAAUGCCAGAGUUUUAUCGCACCAAGAAGUUGGUUCCACGCGGAGUAGCCAAUCGGCGGGCGGCGCUAGCGUGGAUACGUAACAACAACAAAAAGACCGGUGUGCUGUACUUUGGCGACGACGACAACACCUUCGACUUGAAGUUGUUCAGUGAAAUUCGCAGCACGAAAAAAGUAUCCAUGUUCCCGGUGGGGCUCAUCGGUGAUUAUGCCAUUAGUACACCCGUGGUGAAGCACGGAAAAGUCGACGGAUUCUUCGACUCGUGGCCAGCCAAACGGAAGUGGCCAGUGGAUAUGGCGGGAUUCGCCGUGAAUCUGGAAUACAUGGGUCUCAGUCCGAACGUGACCAUGCCGUACAAGGCCGGCUACGAAGAGGACGACUUUCUCAAGAGCAUUGGACUGAAGAUGCAAGAUAUCGAACCGAAGGCCAACAACUGCACAGAGAUACUGGUGUGGCACACGCAGACAAAGAACAACAAACCACCAAAGAUACGUAUCAGCAGCGGCAUACUGCGAAACAAUCAGGUCAACCUGGGGGUUCUCCUCAAAAAGCUCGAAAAGAUGGGCGUGAGUCAUAUCAGCCAGUCGGAGGGUAAGUACCUACAAAAUGAUAACCGGCGCAAACGGGCGAGACUUUGAUUAUUAUGUCAAUUGUUGUCGGUGCAAAGGUAUGCUCUGUAAAUGCUCUUUCGUAAUGAGAUUGAUAAUGUCUGCAUCGACUUUAUGACUGUAGAUUCUUAUCAUGUUCGCGUCAUGGUCAAUCUUUCAGGACGCGCGAAAUUGCAACUUCAAAAUUCACCUCGUUCGUGUUGGGUACGACGAAGGAUGUUUUAGUUUACCGAGUUUUGAGUAGUAGGUAUUGAAUUUUUAACAGCG